UUCUGAAGGGUCCAAAUGGCAUGGCUGGUUCUCUUACAAUCUCCAUUGUCUCUGCAAAAAUCAUUUCUUUUAAUUUUCCAACAACUAUAUCUGCAACUGCAAUGAUCGGCUCAUCUCAGACUAAAGAAUCAUCUCCGACUAAAGAGUCUCUCAUUUCCAGGGUGGGUGGAGCUUUGCAUGAUGUGUCAGUGCAGAGAGCUGAAUCUACUAUACAGCAGCCUCCGUCCAGGUCUUGCCAUGAUUCUUAUAGAAAAAGACAUGCAGAUGAUCCCCCACAACGGGGUCACUGUAUGACAUCCGUUAGCAGUGGUAUGACUAUAUUGCCUAGAGAAGGAGACACCGCAGCUGCUGAUAGGGUUGAGGCAGCUCAGAUCUUUCUCCCUUCUCACCCAACAAUGGAGAGUUUGAAGAACAUUGUUGCUGCCACAAGAGGUGGAUUUGCAUUGACUGGGAGUGCUGCUGUUGGGCAGAUAGGACCAGCCAUUGGGCACAUGGAUAUUGGGGAGUGCGAGGACUCAUAUCUUUUUCGUGUAUCCCUUCCUGGGGUGAAAAGGGACGAACGUAAGUUGUGA